AUGACUGUCGAACCUCCUCCUAUGCCUGGAAGUGGACCAGGAUCAGGCAUGGGACCAGGAUCAGGCAUGGGACCAGGACCAGGCAUGGGACCAGGACCAGGCAUGGGACCAGGUCCAGGCAUGGGACCGGGGCCAGGAAUGGGACCUGGACCUGGAGGUCGUCGUUCACGAUUUGAUCAACAACCUAGUGCAAUGCAAAGCAAGUCGCAGGAAUCUUAUGGUACAUUCUUUGCUGCGCCGCCGAGAGCUCCUCCUAAACAAGGAUGGGUGGAAGAA